CAGGGCGGGGCGGGGGGUAGGCAGGGGCCGGGCUGGUGCUGCGGCCAGAGAUGCUGUGGGGCCGCGACGGCACCCAGCAGCUGGGAGCACUACGUUGAAAACGGCGAGGUAAAGUGACUUCUGAGGACCGAAGAGUUUGAUGACACAAGACCACUGAAUUUCUUUGUUUGGAGUCCACGUUAUGAACCCUUUCUGGAGCAUGUCUGCAAGCUCUGUCCGCAAACGAUCAGAUGGUGAAGAGAAGGCAUUAACAGGGGACGUGGUAACCAGCCCUCCACGCGCCGCUCCAAAGAAACAGCUACCUUGUAUUCCCAAAAACGCUUUGCCCAUUACUAAGCCUACAUCCCCCGCGCCAGCAGCACAGUCCACAAAUGGCACACAUGCUUCUUAUGGACCCUUCUACCUGGAAUACUCCCUUCUUGCAGAAUUUACCUUGGUUGUGAAGCAGAAGCUCCCGGGGGUCUACGUGCAGCCAUCUUACCGCUCUGCAUUAAUGUGGUUUGGAGUAAUAUUCAUACGGCAUGGACUUUAUCAGGAUGGUGUAUUUAAGUUUACAGUUUACAUCCCUGAUAACUACCCAGAUGGUGACUGUCCACACUUGGUGUUUGAUAUUCCCGUCUUUCACCCACUCGUCGAUCCCACCUCAGGUGAAUUGGAUGUGAAGAGAGCAUUUGCCAAAUGGAGGCGGAACCAUAAUCAUAUUUGGCAAGUUUUAAUGUAUGCACGAAGAGUUUUCUACAAGAUUGAUACAGCAAGCCCCCUAAACCCAGAGGCUGCAGUCCUGUAUGAAAAAGAUGUUCAGCUUUUCAAAAGUAAAGUGGUUGACAGUGUUAAGAUGUGCACUGCUCGUCUGUUCGACCAACCUAAAAUAGAAGACCCCUAUGCAAUCAGCUUUUCUCCGUGGAAUCCUUCUGUACAUGAUGAGGCCAGAGAGAAGAUGCUGACUCAGAAAAAGAAGCCGGAAGAACAGCAUAAUAAAAGCGUUCACGUUGCUGGCCUGUCAUGGGUAAAGCCUGGUUCGGUGCAGCCUUUCAGUAAAGAAGAGAAAACGGUAGCAACUUAAGCGCUGGCGAAUCCGGUGCCCCGUGCACUUUCCUGCCGGAUGCGGGCCUGGUGAGAGCUGACCGGUGGCAGAGGGCCGCCAGAAGAGUAAAACUGUGCGAACAAGGACUGCUGUCUGUGUCCAUGGAUGCUUAGGUUCUAACAGCAAGUUUUGGAAACCUCUCUUUAAGUAAUGCAUUACUUCUGUCAGAAGUGUCUUUAGGGUGGUUAACUAGUUCAGUACUCCAAAUUAUUGGGGACCUCGAGGCUUAAGUAUUUUUCUGAAUAUAAUGCUAAAGGUAAGUUACAUUCAUUUACACUAAUAGAGUAGACAGUUGGGCGUGCUAUCCAGUGGCUUUACCCCCAUGGUUUCAGUUGUACAUAUGUUAGGACGCGGGAAAGAGGUAGAGAGAGAGAGCAGGUUCCGUAGCUUAUUAGCACUUGUAAGUGGAAGAUCAUCUGAACCUCGGUCUUCAGCCUACUGUCUCCCUGAUUUACCAGCCCCUGUCAUCACUGAGGUACAUGUUAGGUGAGGGAGAGGAAACCAGAACACUUGUUCAUAGUGGUUUAUUUGUUGUUUUUUUUUUUUUUUUUUUAAGCAAAUUACUGUAUUUUUAUGGCAGGAGGGAGAGAAAGUGUUAAAACGGUUUCUAAUGAAGUCAGAUAUUUAAAUGAUGAAUGACUAAUGUGUUUUGUAGAGACAAAAUAAACCAAUAAAUGAUUGCUCUUUGUCAUUUAUGCAGGAAACUAGCUACCCCUUUCUCAAUAUAACUAAACAAAGAUUAAUUUAUAAAUGCUUUAUUGAAAAAUACACUUAUUUUCAUAUAAAAUUACAGUAGCAGUAUCUUGAAGAGGUUUUAUAAAUAUUUUUGCAGACCACUAUUCUAACUGAACAGUGUAAGUUCCAUAUUUCUUUCAGAGCAAUAUGAAGUUACCCAGUAACUUGGUUUAUACUGAUUCAAUUUACAAUUGAAUUUUCUCCCUAAUAAGAUUAUUCAUUCAACUUUAAAACUGCUGGAACGAUAGUGAUUAAUAAAGGUAUAUAGAGAUAAUUCAACAGCUGUUAAAUAACAUUUCUAAUUUUUAUAAAUGGUACUAUGUACUAAUAAAAACCUAAAUUCUCCAACCUAUUUUUUAAACUGCCAGGAACACACCCAAAGAUCUUUUAAGUUUAUCACCUUAAUAGACACGUGUCUUUCAGGAUAACUACCUCUUAAAGAAGAGGUCAGAAUUUUUCAUAUUCCCUUGAUUUAAAAUUCAACUUGAUUUAAAAUCUUUACUUAGCCAACUGAUCCCUAUUAACAACAAAACACUGGAGAAUUAAAAA